UGAUCCUCUACGUUCGCCAUGCUCAAGCGCUUCUUCAGGCUUCGCGAGUUUAUUUCGGCGGACGAUGAAGACCUGGCCGACUACCUAUCCUCGCGGACCGCACACCGGAAUCUGGCUUCGCUGCUGGACAGCCUGCGCGACGUGGAAUCUGUUUCCAAGCGUCUGCAAGCUGACGGACUGACGCUGCUCGACGCGCGAAAUCUCUGCGACGGCCUCAUCGAAAUCCGACCUUCAUUUGCGAAGUAUCUGGCAUCGGAUGCUGAAAUUGUACACUCGCCUGAUUUCGAGCAGGCAGUGGUGAAGGUGCUUGGCGGCCAGGCCGCACUAUUGUCGGAGGAGGAAGAGGGGGUCCUAGAGCCGUUCAAGCGCCGUUCAUGCAACGUGUCUAUCGCUCAGCCGCAGCCGGAGGCAACGGAAGGGUUCGCCGAGCGAAUUCUCAAGCGACGCAAAGUGAGAGAUGCCCCUGUGGCACGCUGUUGGGUGCAAUUCCGCCCACCUCGAAUAUGGUGGAAAGGCUGUUUAGUGUUACUCGUGCGGUGCUUCGUCACGAGCGUCACCGCCUCUCGCCGAUGAUGCUCGAGAUGAUCCUGUUUUUGAAGAUAAAUAUCACCUUCUGGAACGUCGCUACCGUGGAGCAGUGCCUGUAGGUAGUGAUCGCUAAACUGCAGUAAUUCACU